GUGUACUAAUCACGUCUAUAAAAGUAUUUUGUUUGAUUAGAUAAAUAAAUGUUCUUUAAUAGCAACUAUACAUAUUAGCGAACCUGAUUUCUAUAACAGUACGUUCCGGACGGAUCCCAUUCCGAUUUUUUUUCUUUCAGUAAAUAUAAAUGUGAACAUUGUGAACAGCUGAUAUUUUUCGGUCCCGUGUGAAUAUUGGCUGCCAGUAGGACUGUUAAAUCACUCGGUUUUAUUUUUAAAUCGAAACCAACAUCCUCCUCCAGUAAAUUUCAUUCACUGUCAUCGAGUGUUGGUGAAGAUCUCGGGAUUUAUUAGUAAUCGAAAUUGUCUUGUUCUCCGUCGCCUGCUGUUACGCAGUUGUGAAUGAAUGAGCGCAGCCGCGCAUGCGCCAACUCUCCUGGCGUUUAUAAACAAGGUUGCGUGCAAGAGGGUCACGUGACCAGACUGGAAGUCCGCAAACAAAGCUAUUACAUUUCCUUAAUACAAACGUUUUGAAACCUCGAUUUAUUAUAGAGUUUUCCUUUCGGAAUCCGUGUUAAUAUGUCCACGAUGGGGAUCGAACGGUCAUGUUUUAAAGCAGAAGCGAGAUUACUCAAUAGCCAGUAUGGCCGUUCUUGUUUACAUACUGCACUUAAACAAACUCAAAACUAAUAAGCAGUUCUAGGGUGUAUAUGAUGAAUAACCGUUUAAUUUUGAUCGAAUAAGUUCAUUCAUUUGAAAGUACAUUCAAUCUUAAAAUAGCCUGCCCAUGUGACAAGGUGUAAUAUGGUGUGGGAGGUAAAGACAGCCCCGAAAAGAGUCCAGGAAUCCAAGACAGAUUGCUCCAGCAUGGAUGAGGCCUUCGACAUGCUCAAGUGUAAUGAGGACCUGCCAUCUUCACCAGGCUGCCCCUCUACUCGAGGCCCUAUAGAAUAUGAUGAUUUGCCAGAACUGCAGGAGGUGCAGGAUGACCAGUUGUCCCCAGCAGUGUUCCAGGUUACUCCCGGUGUGUCACAUGAGGAGAUGCCUGAGCAAGGCUGGAGCCCACAGUCAGAGAACAGUAGCAUCUCCCACACAAACUGGCUUACAGAGUUAGCCAACAUUGCCACCAGUCCACAAAGUCCUUUGCUGCAGAGUGCACCCCACCCGAGGUCCUCGCCUGUGCACAUCUUUGCCCACAGUAACAGUUUACAUUCCUACGCUCGGCCUCCUCAGGCCUCUAGCAGUGCUCCCAGUCCUGCUCGUAGCCACAUGAGAGAGCGUCGCCGCACGAGGGCUUGCAGUGAGUCAGAGUCUGGGGUAUUCUGUUUGUCUUCACUGUCUGAUGAUGACGACAUGGGAUGGUCCCAUUCUUGGCCCUCCACAGUCUGGCACUGUUUUUUAAAAGGCACACGCCUUCGGUUUCACAAAGGGCCAAAUGUGGAGUGGCAGGAGGUGGAGGAUGUGGCUGAGUCUGAGGAUGAGUCCGAGGAUGAAGUAGGCAUGCACCUCAAUCCCCUUAAGACGUAUGGAUGUGAGGGGUUGAAACUUGUGGCCCUGGAGCAGACUGUGUCAUUUGGCCAGUCUGUUCUGAAAUUAACCUUUGACCCUGGUUCUCAAGAGCCUGGUCUGCUAACUGCUGAGUGCCAAUUGGACCAUCCAUUUUUUGUCAAAAAUAAAGGUUGGUCCUCCUUUUAUCCGAGCCUUACUGUGGUGCAGCACGGUAUUCCCUGUUAUGAAAUGCAGAUUGGGGACUUGUGUCUACCUCCAGGACACCGUGAUGCCAUCAAUUCUGAUGACUCAGCUGUUUUUGACACUUUCAGGAGUUAUGACUUCACCCCUCUGGACUCAUCUGCUGUGUACGUGCUGAGCAGUAUGGCACGCCAGCGAAGAGCAUCCCAGUCAAGUGGUGGCACUGUGAGCCCUGACUGUGACAAGCUGGAGCGUUCUGCCUCUUCCCCCAGUAGCAAAUCACAACGUAGCCACUCCUCAGGGGGCAGUGGAGCCACACCCACAAAAUGCAAACGGCCAAUGAACGCUUUCAUGCUCUUUGCUAAGAAGUAUCGAGUGGAGUACACGCAAAUGUAUCCUGGGAAAGAUAACAGAGCUAUUAGUGUAAUUCUGGGUGAUAAGUGGAAGAAAAUGAAGAACGAGGAGAGAAGGAUGUACACCAUGGAGGCUAAAGCGCUGGCUGAGGAGCAAAAACGCCUCAAUCCAGAUUGCUGGAAGCGCAAAAGAACCAACUCGGGUUCUCAGCAGAACUAGCCAAGAAUCAGGACUGGGAGCAAUUGACCUAUGAUCUAUGCCAUCUAUCCACGUAUAGGAGUGAGGAGACUUAACUGUGAUGAUAAAAAUGUAGUAAGCAUCGUUACAGUGAUAGACAUUUAUGUAUGUAGGUAUGUAAACACAUAUUCUGGGAUCCAGAAGUCUGAGACCACUAGUGAAAAUCCUAGUCACCUUGAAUUCUUUAUUACUUGACUAUUUUACACAAGCGUGCAAACCUUAUGAUCCAUUUUUAGAACAAAUUAAUUUUCAAUCCAUUAUUUAAGUAAUAAAACAUGUUUUUGCAGAGAGUUCUAAGAAAUUAGGCAUGAGGAAUAUCGGACCUUUUGUGGAAAAAAAAGUAGCUAACAUUGUCAGUAUCAGAGAUUUGCUUACAUUUAAACAGAGGGGCCUACAUUUCAGAAUUUUCUAUUAACUUUGUUUGAAAUAUUUCACAUUUCUAUAAUUUUUGUUUAUUUCUAAUUAGAACAAAAUCUCACGCUUUCAAUAUGGCCUCAGAUUUUUAGACCCCACAAUAUUUGUACAUACAUGCAUAUAUAUGAAGCAUAUUAUCUAUUAAACUAACAGCAUAUAUAUUUUUUUUCCUUAUUCUUUACAAUAAAAUAAAUAAUAUGGAAAUGCCUUAUACUUCCAAAGUAAGAAAAUGCUCACUUGUAUUUUCAGGUAAUUUUGUAUUUCUAUGCUUGAAAGGUGAGACCCUGUGGUGCUAUUUUAGUGAGAGCAAAGGAGCAGUAUAUAUAGCGCAAAAAAAAAAAAGUAUAUUUUUAAUGUAAAAAGAGGAAUUUUAGAUACUAGUCAGCUUGUUUUGCAGUUGUUCAUAUGAUAUGUUAUAUUUGUAUAACUCAAAAUAUUGCACAGACUCAUUGUAUUGCAAAUGGACAAAUGUUGAAUUUCAUGUUGAUCAGUGAACCUAGGAAUGGUUGUAUUCUGUAGACACCAAGACACCAGCCUAGACCAUGAACUGUGUGUGGGAGCACAAGCAAUGUGCAUAUGGGUAUAUGGGUAUAUAUACCCUCUGACUCGCCAUAUUAUAGUGCAUGACAUGCUUCUACACACACACACACACACACACACACACACACACACACACACACACACACACACACACACACACACACACACUCUUACAUACACACAUUUACUUGAUUACAAAUGAACACAUUCAUACAUGACACCACACAUUCACUCUCACAAACAGCACUUCAGGGCCAUGCCUUCACUGUAAGUGUUUUGUUCUUGCACUUUACGUACAUACAUAAACUUGUACAACCAGUAAAUGUAUACAAACUGAUGUAUUGUGUAUAAAAUUAUAUAUAAAUAUAGUUUACUCACAAUCAUGGCCAAACUGUAUAGUUUAUUUUGUGCUUUACAGGGCUGCCAUCACAUUUAAAGAAAAAGAGUUGUUGAUAAUGUACAGGUCCAUGUUCCCAUUUAGUUCUUGCACAAAAUAUUCCUGUAUCAUAUUAUAAAUAAAGUUUUAAAAUGAUUGUACACUCA